CGGCGCCGCCCUGCUCGCCGGCCCCUCUACCUCGGGGCAGACGGACUGACUGCCAGCACCGCCGGCUCCGGGAUGGGUGCACUGACUGAACCAUACCUGGCAAAUAGUAGGUUGACAGCAAGUAUUCAUUGCCUUGAAAGAUCUGCUUGAUAUUAAUACGGCCAAAGGAGAAACACAAUCAUAUUCUGAAGUCUCGGGAAGCUGGUGCAGUUAAAUGUUCAUGGCCCAUGAGAAAGGCAUAUAGGAAACCAUGGCACUCCCCUUUCAAAAAGACCUGGAGAAAUACAAGAACAUUGAUGAAGAUGAGCUUCUUGGCAAACUCUCAGAAGACGAACUGAAACAGUUGGAAAAUGUUCUUGAUGACCUAGAUCCCGAGAGCGCACUGCUGCCAGCUGGAUUUCGACAGAAAGACCAGACACAGAAAGCAGCCACCGGCCCGUUUGACCGCGAGCACCUCCUCAUGUACCUGGAGAAGGAGGCUUUAGAACAGAAAGACAGGGAAGACUUUGUGCCCUUCACUGGAGAAAAGAAAGGGAGAGUCUUUAUCCCCAAAGAAAAGCCCAUAGAAACUCAUAAAGAAGAAAAAGUGACCCUUGACCCAGAACUGGAAGAAGCUUUGGCCAGCGCCUCUGACACUGAACUCUACGAUCUUGCAGCUGUUCUUGGAGUACACAAUUUGCUCAACAAUCCCAAGUUUGAUGAAGAAACGGCCAGCACGAAAGGCGGCAAAGGGCAUGUGAGAAAUGUGGUCAAAGGUGAAAAGGUCAAGCCAGUAUUUGAGGAACCACCCAAUCCCACAAAUGUGGAAGUAAGUCUGCAGCAGAUGAAAGCCAAUGACCCCAGCCUGCAAGAGGUCAACCUCAACAACAUUAAGAACAUUCCAAUUCCAACCCUGAGGGAAUUUGCAAAGGCUCUGGAGACCAAUACUCACGUGAAAAAGUUCAGCCUGGCCGCAACCCGCAGCAAUGACCCUGUGGCGAUUGCUUUUGCAGAUAUGCUAAAAGUAAAUAAGACCUUGAAAAGUCUAAACAUAGAAUCCAAUUUUAUCACUGGUACUGGGAUCCUGGCCCUUGUAGAGGCACUCAAAGAAAAUGACACCUUGACAGAGAUCAAGAUCGACAACCAGUUCGUAAAAAGCGAGUUGAAGGAGACCGAAGAUAAACUUCCACAAGAAGAGGAAGUGGCAAUUUCACCAUGGUGGCAAUUUCAAAACAAAAGCUCUUCUCCUUCUCCAUUGGGACCAUUUUAUCAAAGGUUGUUCAUUUCCGUUAACCACACAACUAAUAAUUUAAUUGUUAUUCUUUUUUAGCACUACGUAUUUGUCUUGGAUUUUUAAACAUAUACGAUUGUUUUAUUUGCUCAUGGGCACCUCUGGCAACUUGCACCAAUGGACUUAUGCAGAUCUUAGUGGGUGACAAUUGAAAAUGGUUUAGUGACUUUCAUAUUGGGUGGUCUUGCUUUCUUACAUGAACUUUUUUUUUUUAAAGGAAAGGAACUUAGUAUAUAAAUGUGUUUGUAACUAUGAUUAAGAUAUAGAGGCCUAUCUCUGUUUACAUGCAUAGCUUUGAGUUAGGCUAAAUACAUCAGAAGUGUUCUGCUGACCACAUACGAAGUUAGUAUUGCCAAUCUUUCACUGGGUGAAAAAAUGUGACCAACUUAACACAAAUUCUCCCUUAGUUCCAGAAAAAUCACUAAAUGCACAUGCCCUACUGGUUGAAGAUCAGUGGUGUCAUCUUCAUAAAAAGAAGACAGCAUUAAGAUACGUAAGCAUAGCUUUAGCAAAUAGGUAUGAAAUAUUCUUUCACCCACAAAAAUAGCUUCAAACCAGACUCACAAGUAGCAAAAUGAAUUAGCAUACCUACUUUUACUGAUUAUUCCACGUAAUUCGAUCUUUAACAUCACUCUAUGGAUAACUUUUUACAAAGAUGUUUUAAAGUUUUCCAGCCAUGAUGGCAAAUUUUUAAAUUUUAGCAAGAGGGAAGCUUUUAAAAUAGUACAUUCCUAAAUAAAACGAUAAUAAUCACACCUUAAGGUUGUCUGUUACACAUGAUUGCAUUAUUUUGGCAAAUUUUAGAAGCAUUUAUUGCUUUGUCUUUAGGGCAACAAGAUCACAGGAUGAAAUGUGAACAUUCAAGUUAAUUAUACAGAUUUUGUCCACAUGGCAUGAUCCAUCCAGACAUUUUCAAACAUCAGGAAAAAAUGUGAAUUAUCGUUUAUCCAGAUGUUUGUCAUCCCAAGGACAAAGCCUAUGAAAGUACAAUUGAGAUGAUUGCAUGGUAGAUUCAUGAAUCUUUUCGUCUAGCAGUGCACCAGUGCGAUAUUAAGCUAAGGAAACAUAUGACUGCAGCCUUUGACACCAGUUCACAACUGUCAGUGCCUGAGGCUGGACUUGGUGACCCUCUGACAUUGCCUUAGGCACCUCUGCCUCCCUUCCCCACCUCCUUUCCUUCCAACUCUUUCUCUUUUUUUCUUCUUUUCCUUAUAAUUCUGAGCCUUGUAAAGGUGACAUCCUUUGUCCUGGUGACAACUGGAUCUAAAGAAGUUGCUGACUCAGGCAGAAGGUGGGCCCAAUCCAGAAUUUACUAAGUAAUUGAGUGUUCCUGAGUUGCUUAUAGCAGUAAAACAAAUAAAUGAAAAAACAAUUCCUAUAUUAUUCUAGUCAGUUUAUAAAGCACGUGGAAACUGUUUAGGAUGGAAAGCCCUUAUAAAAUUGAACAUUUACCUGUAUUAUAAGUGCCCACAUCUCUAUCUCUAAAAUCCUUUGGAAAAGAAAAUAGAAGAAAACAAAAUAAAAUCCUUUGAGACAUAAGAAUAUUUUAUACUUUUUGAGGGAAUAAUGAGCAGAGCAUGUUGAAUUUUGGAAACCCUAAAAAUCCUUUAGCUAGCUUUCUACUGCAUCUCCUUAUCUAUCUAUCAUCUAUCUAUCUAUGUAGCAACUACUACUGGACAGUUUUCAGUCUGAUUUUUUCUUUCCCUCUUACUCAUUUAGGUGUGGUAUGUUAGAGUCAACUCACAGGCUUACUCAUUAUUAAAUUAUCAAGAAUUUUGUAAACUGGUUGUGAAACACAACCAUUAUUAAAAA